UGCUGCUGCUGCUGCUGCUUGGCGCACCUGGUAGGGCAGAGCUGGGCAGGUGCACGGAUUGCACGGAUUGGCAGGCCGCAAUUGCCUGAGUGAGACUCUGGCUGUUUGUCUCCUUUCUGUUGGAUCUCAGUCUCAGUGGCUUCGGUGGCUUCUUCACAAUUCACAUGUGACAAUUACAGCCAUAAAAGUCGAAAGCAAGAAGGAAGCUCCUGCCCCUCCCAAAGCUGAAGCCAAAGCAAAGGCCCUGAAAGCCAUGCUGAAAAGCGUCCACAGCCACAAAAAGAAAAAGAUCCGCACGUCACCCACCUUUAAAUACCCUUGGAAGAAUGCCCCCAGGAGAAACAAGCUUGACCACUGUGCCAUCAUCAAGUUCCCUCUUACCACUGAGUCGGCCAUGAAGAAGAUAGAAGACAAGAACACCCUGGUGUUCAUUGUAGACGUUAAGGCUAACAAGCAUCAGAUCAAACAGGCUGUGAAGAAACUCUAUGACAUUGAUGUGGCCAAAGUCAACACACUGAUCAGGCCUGAUGGACAGAAGAAGGCCUAUGUUUGGCUGGCUCCUGAUUAUGAUGCUUUGGAUGUUGGCAACAAAAUUGGGAUCAUCUAAGCUGGAUCCGGCUGGUUAAUUCUAAAUACACCUUUUUUUUUCACUAUAAAAAAAAAGUAAUUAAACAUAGUGGGGAAUUUUGUGCAUUUUAGAAGAUGAUAGGGAAAAAGGAAAAAGAAGGAACUUAUAAACAGGUCUGUUGUUGGUCAGUUACAGGAAAAGCCUGGAGGGCUGGUGGGGGAGGGGGAGGCAGUGAGGUAGGCCUGUGAUCUGGAGUCUCCCCUUUAUUUGCCCUUAAGGAGUUUGCUCAACAGUGCAGGCCUGGGGUAAUGCUAUUCAGACCAGCAGAGCCUCCUGUUUAUCUACCAUCCCCAUCUGCUUAGAGGAGUGCUUCAUUCCAUUCUUUUAUGAGCUCCUACAAGGAAGUAACUUCUAUUUUUUUUCUUAAACUAGGUAUAAAGAAAUGUAAUGAAAUAUAACAUUUUGCUCACUUUAUAGUUCUGGAGGUAUUUGGGGCCUCUGUAGUCAACAGUUUACUGGAAGGUAUCCCACCCCGGCACUGAAAUUUUUCUAAUAACAGUGCAUGGCCUCUGGGCACAUAACCCAUCUCCACUGGAUACUUCUGCCUAAGAUCACUCUCUCUUUUUAAAAAAAACAUAUGCCAUUAGCAAGCAAAGAAGUAGAUUUCUAUAUGGCUUAUUAAUAACAUUUUAGAUUUUGAUUAGCCCUCCUGAGUUCUCUCCCAUCCUCCAUCCCCUCCUGUGACAACUGUUAGACCAUUUCAACACCCAGUAUAUGAGCAUUAUUUUAUGCACAGAGAAUAUGGUUGUCGCGAGCACUCUCAAAGAUUAUUGGUUGAGAGGAUUCCGCCGGCGAAGGCCAAUGAUACUCAGACACUGGUAUACUUGCAAAGGAGUUUACUGGGAUGAAAGUCAUGCACAAGCAAGU